AUGAAACUUGUUAUCCUCAUUGUCGUUUUUGCUUUCUUUGUCAUUCCUCAAGGCCAGAGCCUUCCAUAUUCUAAACAUGAGCUGAGAAGUUAUGACCUCAAUAGCCAGGUACCGAGUCAUCCACUUCCAUCGGAGAACAUCACAACCACAACCACCGAAAUUCCCACCACCACCGGAUUUCCCACCACCACCAUCUCCCCUCUCAAUGUCACCAAUGUGAUCGUUUCGCUUGUGUGCGGACUCUCCAUCAUUGGCAUCAUCGUUAUGGUCGUCAUAGUCUUGAAAGCAAGCCAAAUCGGAUUGCAUUAUAAUUAA